AUGCCUACUUCAGCACACAAAGAGGAGGAAAUCGAGGAUAUGUACGAACAACUAGACGAACUCCUACGGUCGGUAAAAUCCGAACAUAACCUGUAUAUUUUGGGCGACUUUAACGCAGUAGUGGGAGAUAUAAAAGAUGGAGACGUUACGGGAAAAUGGGGCUUGGGAAAUAGGAACGAAAGAGGAGAGAGGCUUAUUAACUUCUGUAAACAAUAUGAUCUGUAUAUAACCAACACCAUGUUCGAAAUGCCAAAACGGAGAAGAUAUACGUGGAAAAUGCCCGGAGACAUAGCGAGAUUUCAAAUAGACUACAUUAUAGCUAGAACAAACAGCAAAAAACACAUACGCUCCAGCCACGCGUAUCCAGGCCCAAACAUCGAUAGCGACCACAACCUAGUAUUAGCCAAAUGCGAAAUUGAAUGGCCCAAAAACCACAAGAAUAAGACCAAAAAGCUAAUCAACAUAAAUUUAGAAAGGCUAAAAAACCUAGAGUACAGAAAAGAAUAUAAAGAAACAACAGAUCGGAUAUUACAAGAAUGGCCGACACCAGAAGGGACCUUGGAAGGUCAAUGGAAAACUAUUACCAAAACUAUAGAGAAGGCCUCAUCCGCUGUACUUGGAAAGACUAAAAGGGCACCCAGGAAAAAUUGGAUCACUCAGGAAAUUCUGGAUUUAAUACUACUACGAAAUAAAUAUAGAGACACUCCAACGGAGGAAGGUCAAAAUCUGUAUAGGAAGUAUAAAAACAGAAUCCAAACCCUAUGUGUCCAGCAGAAAGAAAAGUGGUUAGACGCACAGUGUAGUAAAAUAGAUUUCUGUAUGCAGAGAGGUUUUCUGGAAAGACGUUACAAUUUGGUAAAAACAUUGCAAGGAAAGAAGAAAACAAAGAGCAAGGUCAUAAGCAACAAAGAAGGCAAACUGCUAUACGAUAAAGAAGAUGUAGUCGGCAGGUGGGUUGAAUACAUAGAGGAACUAUACGAAGGAACAAAUCUUAACGGAGACAUAUUGGAGGAAGAAGAAAAAGUCCCGGAUGACUCCAAAGGCCCGAACAUACUCUGGAGAGAAUUCGACAGUGCACUGGAAGCAUUAGCAGAUAAGAAAGCACCAGGAAAAGACAAUGUGCCAGCAGAACUAUUAAAAUGUUGCGGCCCUGAAGCUAAAAACUACCUUUACAACCUAAUAUCAACCAUUUAUGACACAGGGCAGGUACCAGAGGAAUUCUCGACGAUCAAAACAAUUACCAUUCCUAAAAAAGAUAUCCUGGAACUUAGCGUAGCAGACGGAUCGUUGUUGGCCGGCGGCGGGCGUUCAUCGAGCCCCAGCUUCGGCAAGCUAGAGCGAGAACAACCCGCGGCGCUCGGAGUUUCACGGGAAGGACCCGCGUGGUGA